AUGGCGACCGCAGGGUCCGCCGAACGGCCUGGCAGACCGGCCAGCGCCGCCGCCGUCGCCGGCAAGUACCGGUCCGGGUCCCGAGCUCGGCGCGGGUCCGGGUCUGGGUCCGGGUCCAGCCCUCCGGAGAACGAGGCGAAGAAGUGCUCGGCGUGCGCGGAGGGGCAGCCCGGCGGCAGCCCGCCCUGCGGACACCCGGCCUGUCCGCCGUGCCGAGCCCAGAGACACUCCGGCAGCGGAGAGCGGUUCCGGAGGAGGAGUGACCCCGAGAGGAGCAGCAGCAGGCCGGGCAGGAGGGACUGCGACAGCCGGAGAGAGUUCUUCGUCUCUCCUGCUCUCAUCCCAAAAUGUGACGCUCCAUCAGGACCAACGGGGAAACACAAGCUGCUGUUGUCUGAGGACAGAGAGGAGGUGAAGAGGAGGAACUGUAAGGACGAUGAAGAGCCUUCUGGAUGUUUUCUUUUUGUUUUUCUGCAGGGGGUUCUGUCAGACUCAGAGAACGAGGAGCCGAUCAGCAGGAGGAUCAGAAACAUCUCGGCCUUUGUCAGGAAAACCAAAAACUCGGUAGCCUUCACAGGUGGUUCUCGGAGGAGUCAGAGCUGCACCGACCCGGUGGAGGACCGCGGAGGGAAGCUGAAGGUCAUCGCGCAGCCAGCCCUCAUGGACAGAGUCGGCAUCAGUCACAGUUACACAGCAGGAAUCCUCCUCUCCUCAGAGAACAGUCGCUCCGUCUCCGCUCCCAUCACCGCUCCUGACCGAAAGCUCACCUGGCGAGCUGUUGUCUCAUCAUCAUCGACUCCGCUGGGCCUCCCUCCGCCCAGACCCGAGCGUUCCAUCAGCCCAGAGAGCAAUGACAGCAUCUCCGAAGAGCUCAACCACUUCAAACCCAUCGUCUGCUCGCCGUGCACGCCGCCCAAACGCCUGCCUGAUGGCCGUCUGGUGGAACCCACCAUUGUAAAGUCCACGCCCAGGAACCUGACCCGCGGCUUGCAGAAGGCCACCAGCUAUGAGGCCAGUCCUGCUGUCCUGCAGAAGUGGAGGCAGAUCGAACUGGACCGGCAGAGCCUCAAAGUGAACUCCAAGGCGACGCUGACGAGCCCUGUCAGCGAGCUCCACAACAAGAACGGCGGGGGUGAGGACGCAAAAACCCAUCAGUCCCUGGCGGGACAGGAUGGAGACGGAGUGACGUCUGUCAACAAGAGGAGGCUGCUGUUCGACCCCCCGGCCGUAGACAUGGACACCUUCCAGAAACAGUCCGUAAAGAUCCGGGUCCCUGCAAUCCGCUACAGCAGUGAGGCGACAUUCAGAGGAAGUUCGGACUUGGAGCCGGCAGUCGGCGCUCCUGAAUCCUGCAGUGGAGGAGGAGCGCUUUUUAGUCGGAAACAGUCGUUCUCACCGUACACUAAGAACUCUGGGUUCCAGUCGUGUAAAUUAGUGCCAAAGGACUCUCAGAGUCCGAGGAAGGAGUCCGACAGUAGCCUCCACAACCAGUCUACCUCAAGGAGGGGCAAGAAGCGGGAACAGAAGACCAAACACCUGGACUCAGAGCGGGACUCAGACCUGAAAAGGAGCCGGUCGGUCAGCCAGGAGGCCUUCGACGAGCGGUACAUCCAUCAGAUCCAGCAGGAGCGUCAGGACCGAGCGCUUGCCCUGAAGCUGCAGAGACAGUUCGACCUGGAGAACCAGACCGCCAACCGCCGCAGGAGCCCCGACAAGUACUUCCUGCGGUCCUGGAUGUCCAAUCAGAACCGCAGGAGGCGCGGCCUGAGGAGAUCACGACGAAUCAACAAGAAGCACUAGAGAGGAGUCGUCUGCUGACUCGGCACAAAGACAGACAGAACGUGGUUCAUAUAUGCAAAGUGACGAACGGUUUGAUGAAAAGUAUGAAUGUUUUUACACGACAACAGUGAAACUCUGUUGAGGAAAGAGGUUAUAAACUCUGAAACAUUGCCUCCAAACGUCGUUUCUUUUGAUCUGUUCACCAGCAAAUCACCAAAAACUGAAUGAAAAUCAGCUGCAGCCUGAAAUCUGAACUCUCAUCACGUCUCCGGAGGACAAACGAAUUUUCCAUAGAUUCAGUUAAUUUACCAAAAAUCCAGACUGACUCAUACAACCAGAUUGUGGCUGUAAAAUCAACUUACACAGGGGCAACAUGCAUUAACACCUUUCACACCUGUGGCCGGUCCCUGUUGACUCUCCCCAGACCCAGAGACCAUCUGGGUGCAGACCUGGUCCAGGUCUUCUGUGUGUCGGUCAGGUUGUUUCAUUAAAGAACGUCCACAACGAGUUGAACAUGGACGAAACGAUCGGAGCUCCUAACACAGCAGCUUCAGAUCAUAUAAUCUGGGGCUUUAGGGGCCACUGAGGGUCUGAGGCUUCAGGGGCUGCUGGAGGUCUAAGGCCACAGGAAGUCUGAGGCUUCAGGGCCUGCCAGAACUCUGAGGCCACUGGAGGUCUGAGGCCAUCAAUGGUUUUAGGCUUCAGGGGCAACCAGAGGUCUGAGGCUUCAGGGGCUGCCAAAGGUCUCAGGCCUCUUAAAGUCUUAGACUCCAGGGCCCAGUGGAGGCCUCCAGAGUUGUUAGGUCACUGGAGGUCUGAGGCUUCAGGGGUCAUUGUAGGUCUGAGACUCCAGGGCCCAGUGGAGGUCUUUGGCCUCAGGGGCUGCCAAAAGGCUGAGGCCACUGGAGGUCUGAGGUUUCAGGGUCCACUAUCUGUUGUUACUGGGCCCCCUCUGCAGGUGACAGUCUUCCAGUCUGAAUGUUUGUCAGACAGUCUUUGAACAUGUUGAAGCUGUGGACUUGAGCUGAGGCUCAUGGGUACUGUAGUCCAUUAGGAGUCCACAGACUGAACAGGAGGCGGAUCAGGAGACAGGAGUCAGUUUGGUGUUUGGGGUCAGGAUGGAAACAAACGGGACUCAACCUGUAGGAGGGGGAGGAGUCAGUGUUUUAACGCCUGAGGCCGUAUUCACAUUAUUUGAUUCAUGGAAACAAAAACACAAUCAGAUCUAACCUGGAAAGUUUUGGAUCAGGACCUCCAGGAUUCACCUGGUUAAUUCACGCUGAAGAUAAUCUGGACAUACGAUGAUGACACAGGAAGGAAAUGUGGUUGUUCAAACUGUUUAACAGCAGUGAAACAGACGAGGAAGGAAAAAUACUUCAGGACAUGAACACAAUUAAAAUGAAUAUCGUCUAUAAGGCAGCAGAAUUCAGAUCCUUCAGUAGAGUCCUGAUCCCUCAGAGUGACAGCACUGUAGGCUUUAUGAAUAAUAUACAGCAGGUGGUAACGACUGUAAAGUGUUGCUCUGUUUAUUAAUGUAAAAUAAUCAGUCUCAUAAAGAUGAACUACAAAAGCUCAUUUCACCAAUUUGAUGGAAAAAAUACACUUUAAAGCUAUAGUGUGUAACUUCUGUCGCCUCCCAGCGGAUAAUGCAUUAUUACAACUAAUAAGCUGGCGGCACUUCCAUGUACAGAGAGUAACACUCGCCACACACACUGUACACAGAGUAACACUUGCCAGUCGCCACACACCGUGCACAGAGUAACACUUGCCUUUGUGGUAGGAUCCACUUCUGAACCGUGUCUCGGCCGCUUCUCCGCCAUGUUGCUUUCUCUUUCUACCUGCGCUCUACCUCUUCGCUCUUCCUCCCCCUCCCUUCUUGUUGUGAGGAAGCAUUUCCUGUGUGCCAGCGCGGGAAUGUCGCCGGUCUACACGCAUACUAAAAAUGAUAUAUAUUGAAAAAUACCGGGAGAUGUUAGAGGAGCCAAUCGGCUUAAUCAGCAUUGUGUCAUCUCCUCUAGUAGUGGCUUGGGUGAAACGGACAUUUACGGACCUGUAGAAGUUACGCACUAUAGCUUUAAUUCUUUGUAAUGAGACAUUUCCCCAAAAUAAUGACAUCAUCUCUCAAAAUGAGUUAGAUCUCAGGCUGCGUUCACACCUGCUCUGUUCGCUUCAGUUCAGUCUAACUCCAGCUGGUUUGCCCCCUCAGUGCGGUUCAUUGUGCAGGUGUGAACACACCAGAACAACCGGACUGAGACCUUCUUGAAGAGGUGGUCUCAGUCCGGUUCCAAAGGAACUCUGGUGCGGUUGGUUUGUGGUGAGAAGGUGUUCCGACCUGGAUGUGAAGCAACUGCAGUCACAUGACACAUUGUUUGGGUUAAACAUGAGCAUGUUACAGUCCUGGAGGAUUAUUAAUGUGCACCUCCUCCUGUACUGCCUUAAUAUGCACAUUCAGCACAUCCAAUGCAUCAAAACAUUGUUUUCUAGUUGGAGCCGCGCCUCGUUUUCAAACUGUAUGGUUUGACUAAAAUGAACAAUGACAGCAAUAUAGUCCACGAUGAGCAGCGCUAAAAUCAACCUGCGUAGUUGUCCCUCCAUUGUGACAUUAGAAAGUGUCACAUUUAUCUUGCAAGUGUACUCUUCUUCAACGUUUGCUUUACUUCCUGGAUUUUUCCCACAUGGAAAUUCUGACCAAUCAAGAGCAGCUUUCUCACACAAGGCAUUUGAUCUGGUCCUCUUGUAAAUGCUGCCGUGAGAACACGAACCAACUCUAGGCAAUUAUACAACUUUGGAACAACAUGAGUCCCUGAUUCAGACCAGAGGAGACCACUCUAGGGCUGACAGCAGCCUGAGGUAACUAUAUCUCAAAACAGUGGCGUGGUUGUAAAAAUGAGUUCCUGUAUCAAAAUGAAAGACCAGUAUGUCAAAGUAAUGAGUGAUUAUCUCAGAAUGGGUUUGUAUCGCCCAACAAUGACGUAGUUUCUCAAAAAUAAUGUGUUCGUAUCUCAAACUAGUGACAUAAUAGUUAUAUUAGUAUCUUGAAACAAUGAAGGUCAGAAAUGAGUUAGUAUCUCAACAAAGAAACUGUCUAAAAACUAAGGAGUCAUAAUGAGGGAGUGUUAGCAUGUCAAGAAAAUGAGUUUGUAUUUUGUUCAAAUCUGUAUCUUGAAAUCUUGAUGUAGUGUUUCUGAAUAAUGAGUCAGUGUCUUAAAAAUGUGAAACAAUAUUUAAUCUGAGGCCUUUUUCAGAGAGUUAUUAAUAUGAGUAGGUUUCUCUAUAUGUUUAGAUUCUAUGUGUUUUCAGAUACCAACUCUUUAUUUUGAGAUACGUUGUCAUUUUUAAAAAAUACCUCUUCAUUUUGACAUAGGAACUCUUUUUGAGAUAUUAAGUCAUUAUUUCAAGAUGUUGUCAUUAUAUUGAGAUACUUACUCAUUUUUAGAUUCUACGUCGUUACUUUUAGAAACUUCGUCGUCACUCUGAGAUAACACGAGGUAACGUGUUCAGUAUGUCGUGCUGCAGCACGGCGCCGUAGGAGACGUCCUUACUUCCAUGGUUUCCUCUGUGAUGUGAAUGCGGCCUCGCUCCAUCAGCUGUUCAUCAUGUCUUUUACAUUCCUGCAGUUUAUUUCUUCUUUCUGUUAAAGUUGUGAAAUCAUCAGGAGGAGCGGACUGUUCUGAUUUGUGAGAUGAGUAUUAUUAUUAUUAUUAUUAUUAUUAUUAUAAUUAUUGUGUGUUAUUGACAGAGUGUUUCUCUUCAGAGACUCUGAAGGGCUUUUUUUUUUUUUUUUACUGACGCCACAUGAGCUUUACUCUGUACAACACUGAUAUGCACAUUUUAUAAAGUUGUACUUAAGUGUUGAGGAGUGUGUGUGGGGGGGGAAGGGGGGUUAACGCUGAGUGCCAAAUGAUCAGAGACCCUCUGAUGGACCAUGUUAAUUAUUCAGUAGUUUUGUAUGAGAGGAGAUCUGUGGCUGCUGAGACCAAGAAAAACCUAAAGACCUGAGACAACCUGUGUCCUGUCGUCUUUGUGACACACACACAAACACACACAUUUGAAUUCUUUAUUUGAUUCCACCAAUUACAUUAAAUAUGGCAGGGAAUCAAAUACAAAAGGGGUCAAGAAGACAAUACUGGUCACUCAUGGAAAUACAUAGCAUCUUCUCCUCCAUACAGCCAAGCUGCCUAUAACAGCAGAAACAGAGCAAAAUUUAGCAAGCUUUGUUGCUCUGCACUUAGAUAUGUCAGCAAUGUUCAGGCCACUAGUGGUAUAUUUAUACACAUGGCCCAGGCUUCCAAAUAUGAGUACGGAGAAUUUGCAUUUGUAACCAAGACUUGUUAUGAUUUGGAGUAAUGGUUGACAUUUUGAAUAUUUGUCAUAAUAUUUUGUCAUCAAAUAUAUAAUUAUUGAUUGUUUCUGAGUGAGGUAAGACCUGAUAGAUUUAAAUAUUGUGUAAUCUGAAAAUAAAAAACUCUAUCCACAAAAAUAAAUAUAUAAAUAAAAAUUUAAAUAAAAUUCAAAAAAUUGUUAAAUCACAAAAUAUUUUGCAAAUAUAAAACAGAUCUGC